AGGAGCAUUCGCGUUCUGUGUUCCUCUGGCUUCAGGACAGAACCUCGCUAUUUGCCAUGACUCGCGCUGUGAUCAUCGCUCUGCUAUUCGCUCUCACAGUUCUUGCUGUUGCCAGUGCCCAAAGGAGGCGGUUCAACUUCAACUUUCAACCCCCUGCUCCACGACACCGCUUUAACGUGGAGGCGUCUGGCGGAGGCCGCAACCAUCGCAACUUCAAUGUGGGUGGUUCUGUGCACGGCGAGUACGACCUGUAUCGUAGCAGGGGCGGCACACGAGUGGUGGCCUCUGGUGGAGUUGCACCCGGUGCGACGCGCAUUGACGGCAAGACGUACAAAGGCAGGCCGCAAGGCUCUGUGGGCAUCGGCGUCGAGAUCCCCAUUGGAAAAGGCCGAUGAGCUGAACCACAUCUGUGUUCGCUAAGCGAUGCCCUGUUUGGCGAAGCAGGACCAAAAACAACGGACUCAUUGCGAGACUUCACAGAGUUCCUGGAGUUUUUGCAUGAGAUAUUUGUAUAUUAACCACUUUGAUUUCUGUGACAAUAAAUUGAGUAACCUGGACCCUGUUCUAAAAACUUAUAUUUGUUCCAAAUUUAAUUUCUCAAUUUGUACAUCCUCACUGUCUCACUCCUGAAAAUAAACGGCUUAUUAUA